AUGGAACGCAGCCUCCUAAAGACGGCUUCCCGCAUCGAGUUUGAUUCAGUUUGACGGCAACAGGACGGAGAGGCGGGUUGGAGGUGACGGAGGAAAAUAAGGAGAGCGAGGAGUGAUUGUUCGCAAAAAAUGAUGGAGUCAUGUUUUACUGGGAUACCGAAGAGAGUAGGACCAGUGGAGGUGGAGGAUAUCAAAAGAAACCUGCUGGGUGAAUUGGAGGCUGUGGAACAACAGACGGAGAACCUACAUGUGUACCUAAGGGUUCGGCCUUUUACUGCAGCUGAAAGCGACAGCGGAGAGUCCCAGGACUGUGUGACCAUUGAGGGUUCCAAAUCUGUGGUUAUCAGGGCUCCCAGGUUCUGUCAGCCGAAUCGGCAGAGUGACAAGUCUCUCCCUCAGACUGCUCAGAGGUUCACCUUCACACAGGUGUUUGGCCCUGAAGCCAGUCAGAGGACUGUGUUUGAAGGUUCAGUUCGUGGUUUGGUCCAGGAUGCUCUGCAGGGAGGAAACUGUCUAGUGUUCACUUACGGAGUCACCAAUGCUGGAAAAACCUUCACCUUCCUCGGGCCAGACCACAACUCUGGGCUGCUUCCCAGGUCUCUAUCAGUAAUCUUUAAUAGCAUAAAGGGUCAUCUGUACAGCCGCAGUGAUCUGAAGCCUCAGCGGUGCAGAGACUUCAGUAGACUUACCCCUGAACAGGAGGCAGCAGAGAUCAGAACCAAGAAGAACCUGCUGAAGCUGCUGAAAGAGAGUGACAAGAGUCUGACUGGGAAAUCAACUUCACUUGAAGGCUCCUCUGUCAGCAGCAAUGGCAGCAUGAGCAGCAUUGCUGAGGCAGACUCCUGUUUGGAAAUUCCAUCAACUGUUCGCUUUUCUGUUUGGGUCUCAUUCUGUGAAAUUUACAACGAGAACAUCCACGAUCUACUGGAACAGGUUCCCAGCGGACAACACAAGAGAACAGUGCUACGUCUGUCCCAGGAUGUUAAAGGGAACUCCUUCAUAAAAGACCUGCGUUGGAUCCAGGUGAACAGCGCAGAGGAGGCAUACAAAGUAAUGAAGAUAGGGAAGAGGAACCAGAGUCUAUCUUCUACCAGACUGAACCAUUUGUCUAGCAGAAGCCACAGCAUCUUCUCCAUCAGAAUCCUCCGGAUUGAUGAUGUCGGAGUUCCAAGAGUCCUUGGCAUCAGCGAACUGGCUCUUUGCGACUUGGCUGGCUCGGAACGCUGUUCUCGCACCCACAACACCGGAGCGCGCCUAAAGGAGGCUGGAAAUAUCAACAGCUCCCUGCUGACACUAGGGAAGUGCAUCAACGCCAUGAAGCUCAAUCAGAAUGCCAAGUUCCAGCAUCACAUUCCCUUCAGGGAGUCCAAACUCACCCACUUCCUGCAGUUCUUCUUCUGUGUUUCUGGCCGCGUGUCCAUGGUGGUCAACAUAAACCAGAACUACUCCUGUUUUGACGAGACGCUCAACGUCCUCAAGUUCUCCGCCCUGGCUCAGAAGGUGGUGAUGGUUACCUCCCAGCCCCUUGCCCUGGAAAACAGUGCCUGCCACAAGUCAGCAAUGGAGCUGUCUCUCAUCAUCGAUGAAGCCGACCAGCGCAGAAACAUGCUGAACCAGGGCAGGAGGAGCUCGCUUGUUGCCUGGGAUACGAGCCUGGAAGAUGUCCUGGAGGCUGACAACAGUGAGGAGGAAGAGGAAGAGAGUGUACUGGAGGGAACAGUACUGGAGGGUGGAGCGGAGGAGGAUGGGGACCAGACUAUGGAGGAGGAAGUGGUGAAGGAGGCAGCACUCCGUUUGGUUCUGGAAGCUCAAAUCAGAGAAGAAGUCAGCUCUGAGUUCAUGGAGUUGUUCAACAAGAUGGAGAAAGACUACAGCGAGCGUCUGGAGAAGGAGAGGGAGAUUUUGGAGGAGCGGGCUGAGAAGAGGGUGGAGAUCCUACAAAACCUUGUCAGUAAAACAGUCGACCUGACCACAUCCAGCAAUGAUGGCUACAUGGAGGCAGCGGAUUUGAGGGGAAUCAUCAGCUCCAUGACUGAAGACCUGAAGAAGAUCAGAGACAAUGCUCAGAGCGUCCAACAUUGUCUGUCUGAACAGACACACACUGCAGAGUUGGAGGUGCUGCGGUUAGAGAAGCUGCAGUCUCAUGAGCAGUUGCAGGAAGCCAUGAAGAGUCUGGAGCAGCAGCAGCAAAGGUUCUCAGAACUGUCAGCAGUCUGUGAGCAGAAAGAGGACAUCAUCAAUAAACUCCAAGAAGACCUGAGGAACGCCACACAAGACAGACUGGCGAUCUGUACCUGUGGGAGGAGGACUAGAGAGGACCAGAGAGCAGGGGAGGAGAGGAAGGAGAGCUGUAAGCGCCAACGAGAUGACGCAGAGGGGCAGGGAGGAGGAGCAGUCAAGAAGAGAGUAGUCCUGGAAGAAGAAAUCUGGAGGCUGCAGGAGGAAAACGACAAGAAAGAUGAGACCAUCAGUGAGCUGAGGAGUCGGCUGGAGGAGCUGAAGAACGACAACUUAGAGUUAGAAAAGAAGGUUCAGGAGCUGACAGAUCUGGAUGAGUGUCUGACCUGUGGCUCUGCGCUUUCGUCUCUGGAGGUGGAGCAGAAGGAGACAGCCAGGCUGCAGAAGGAGAACAAAGCUCUUGUGAAUGGCAUCUUCCAGCUGCAGACUGAGGUAACUGCCCUGCAGAUGCAGCUCAAACAGCAGACUGACACGUGCAACAGCCAGUCAGAGCGGCUAGAUUUGACUCAGUCACGCCUUCAGUACGUAGAGAACCAAUUAGAGGAGAGUUCUCGCUCAAUUAUGAGUCUCACAGAAGAAUUGACGUGUCUGAGACAGCAAGUCCAGCAGGAGGAACAGAGCAGCAGCAUUAAUGUGGUUGCCAUGGAAGAGCUGAAGAAGAAGAGUGAAGCGGCAGAGCAGAGCUCUGCUCACAUCUCUCAACAGAUGGAAGAGCUGCAGCAAGAGAAGAAGCAGUUGGUGGAGCAGCUGGCUCUCAGCAACAGCAGCUGUGUGAAGCUCAGGCAGGAAUUGGAAAAUCAAAAAACAAAAUUGAGUCAGCAACAGCAGAAUCUAAGGGCAGAGCUGGAGUCAAAGGGUGGAGCUCUGCAGCACAGACUGGAGGAUGAGGUGGCAGGACUGCAGCGAGUCAUGCUGGAGAAGGAGCAACUACUGGAGGACAGCCGACAGCAGGCAGAGACUCUGAGGCGAGAGCUGCAGUGCCUGAAGGAGAAACUUCACAGGGAGGUUGAAGAGGAGGAAAAGGAGAAUCAGAAUGGGGGGAAGCUGCAUGGGAGAAGGAGAAAAGAGCAGGGGGAGAAUCUGCACAGAGAUGCUCAGUCAACCAUGGCUGACAGGAAGAAGCUCUCCAAGACAGUGAAGAGGAAAAGGAAGAGCAAUGAAGUAGAGGGUUUGGUGUUCAGUGAGAACAAGAGGAACAGCGUUAAAGAGAAAGCUUGCAGCAACAAACUAGAGGAUGGCAUGCUGCAGAAGAUUGAACUGACCCAGAACUCUCCAUCCAUCCUCCACAGUAAAGCUGAUCCUGCCUCAUUCAUGCAGACCGUCACUGCGGCAACCAGACCUCGGCGAGGACGAAAGAAGCUGUUUAAGCUGGAUGUCUCAUCUCCGCUGCAAGACUCUCCGCACAGCCUGCCAGGUGGAAAAGAGGAAGACAAGGACAGUGAUCACCUGAUCAUCAGAAGACAUCUGCGCUCCAACCGUAGAAAGUGACCCGUGCUGUCGGGUUCUGAUUCUUGGACUUAUGUUUGAUAUGAAAAUUGAUAGCUGGUUUUGAGAAUAGUUGCAUCACUUACAGUUAUAGUAAGAAGAUCUGAGAGGGCAAUGUCAUUAUAGGUUCUUCAUUCUGGCAUUUGUGAUUAAAUCAGAAGCAGUGUAAUGAGACUUUGUUCAUUGACAACAGCUGGAUCAAAUGGCUGGAGACAAUCCAGACUGAAGGUGAGUCAGAAGGGUGAAAACAUUGAUCAGGGUGAUGAUGUGAUGUUUUAGUCCUCAGAACAUUUUCUUAGUAUCCAGGAGGACCAAAUGCUUUGUCUGCAUCAUGUUUCUAAUAGUGGCCGAUAAAGCCACAAACUCAGGAUUAAAUUGUCAUUACUGAUAGGCCCUCUCUGGUUUCUGCUCCUCUCAUCAGAUUGAGUUUUUCCUCAGAUUUUCAGUCUGACCUCUGUUGACUCUAUCAGACGGAAACCAAACACCCGCUGGGUUGUAGGAAGAACAAUAAGACCAAAAAAUGUUGAUAUUUUGCUUUAGUUUUCAUGAGUCAAAAUAAAUUUGGCUUAAGAUUCUGACACCAUUUAAAAUCUCUUGGAGUAGAAUAUUGAUGUGAUAUUACACCCUCUGAUUUCAGGUUUUUCCACCUGUUUCAGAUUGAUUCUGUUUUUACAUGGAGUUGGUGCAGAAUGGAUUGUGUUCUUUUUUGUAGUAAAACCCUUUAGGACACAUUCUAGGUUUGAUUUUGUUACUGUAAAGCAAGGUGACACAGCAGGUUGGCCAUGUUUCAAUGAAUAUAUUUUGUAAUAAAGUUUUUCAUACCUGAAA